GCUUUUACAGCAAAAAGGUUUAACAUUCGUAUCGAUUGUUUAAGCAUCGUUAAUAAUCCUAUUCUAAGACAAUGUGCUAUUAUAAAAAAAGGAUUGUACGGUAGUGGCAAAAAAAGAAAUAUUUAA